CUCUAUGAGCACAGAGGUGUCCCGGCGAACUUCUUCUCUUUUCUUGUUUUUUCACUCUCUCUUAGACCCGGAGUCAUGAUUUUAACACUUAUAGUGCUGAUGUUGUACUCAUGUGUCUCUGCUGAAGGUCAAGUUCCCUCACCUGAGAAUGUGAGAAUAGUUUCACAGAACAUGGGGCUGGUUUUGGAAUGGGAUCCACCCCAGAACUCCACUGGGAAGGACUUUACUUACAGAGCGGAGUACAAGGGAUGGAGUUCAUUUGUGUCCGUUUGUCUGAAUGAAUCAUCACGCAGAUGUGAUUUCACCAGUGUAAUCUCUGUCUUUGGGACUUACAAGUUUCGUGUGCGGGCAGAACUGGAAGGAAAAAGCUCUGAUUGGGUAAAGACUGACACCGUAGCUCUGGAUGAAAUAACUUUGAUAAGCGCACCUAAUGUGAUGCUGGAAAGCACCAGGGGGGGAGUCGAGGUUGAUAUCACUGAUCCUGUCCUAAGAAAAGGAGAUCUUAAGUCUCUGUAUCACCUUAUUUCUUACCACAUUCAUUACUGGAUUGAAGGGGAAGCGAAAAAGGAAGAGCUGAAGACAGAGCAGAGCAGGGUAACGCUUCCAGAUCUUACACCCAGGGUCCGGUACUGUGUGCAAGUGAAGAUAGCUGUGAGUGGUAACAAAACUAGCCUGCCAGGCAAUGCAACCUGUAUACUCAACACUGAAAGCGAAGAGGUGCAGCCAUGGCUGAUAGUGGGUGUGCUGCUGGCCAGUUUCGGGGUGGUUCUGGUUUCUGUGGUCCUAAUUUUCUUUGCGGUGUGGUACACAUACAGGGGAAUCAGAUUUCUGUGCCCACAAGCCAAACUGCCAGAACACUUUAAACAGUACUUAUCUGAGCGUCCCAAAUCCUCAGAGUUCCUGGCCAUGCAAAACAGCCUUCAGCCCGAGGAGCGUUACCAUGAGGUCAGCAUCAUUCCAUGUCUGGAACACCCCACUGCAUCACAAGACCUCCAGAAGACACAGGGCCCCAAAUGCACUAAGCUGUAUGCAAACAUCUCUUCCAAACCAGAGGAGGCCCUAAACCAGGAGAAGAAGCUCUGUGACCACAAGCAGAGAAUGGACAAUGAACACACAGAAAGGAAUGCAGCCCUGUCAGGUUGUCACGAUGGAGAGACGGAGCUGCUUUUGCGAUAGUGUAUCACAUAUGUUUAAAUACUGUAUAGUCGUGUGUAAAGGUUUAUGCGCCCCCGGUUAAAGCUCACAGGUUGAAAACCACUGCUUUACACUUUUGCAAAUUAUAAUGCACAAUACUGUUUAUUUGCUGAACGUAACACAUAACAGAAACUUAGUAAAUCGUGCAAUAAAAUUUGCAAAAAUCUGAGCUGGAGUGUUCAGACUUUUGCAUACGACUGUAUACAAUAUUUCUCAGUUAAAACAUAAUAGUAAAUAUCACUUUAUAUCAUGUCACUUUUACAGAGGAUCAGCUCUGGUGUGCGCAUUUCUCAGGCUGUUUACAGGUUUACGUUAAUAAUGUAUUUGCAUUUUUAUUGGCCAAGAAGUAGAUGAGCUGAAAAUGAAUAUUUUUAUAUGAUGUAAAGUGUGGUGUGAUGGUAUGCUGUGUUUUCUUUUCUUUUUGCAUGUUAAAUAUGUUUUUAAAUAUCCAUCCAUUUAAAAUUAUGCACAUAUGCAUCAAAUCCAGAGGCAAAUGCAUUAUUCAUGUCAUACUAGAGUCGUCAAAUGUCUCAUCAAAUGGAUGAUAUUGUCCCAAUAUUAUAUUACAAGAUUUGAUCAUUAAUAAUUUGAUUGUAUAAGAGAAGCAAGAGCUUCACAGAGCUUGAAGAUACUGACACAUUAUUGCUUUUGCAGUAAACCUUGUAUUGCUUUGAGGUCUUUAGAUGUCAUUUGUGGCCCAUGACUGUAAAAUAUCCAGAGGCUGUCCUGGCUAAGACGACAUGCUGCUACAGUCAUUGCAGUGCAGUUAAACAAAACAACAACUGACAGUAUUAAGGUCAUACUGCAAUAUCAAGAUAAUAUGAAAUUCCUCAUGAUCGCCACUAUCAUAAAGCAGUAAUCACUCACUGUGCAGUCCUGCUUACAGCCUGUAUGUGAUGUAAACAUUACAUUUUUCAAUCUAAGCACUGUGUCUGAAUGUACCUCAACCAGUAAAUUUGCUUUAUGCUCAUUUCUGGGUAGAAAGGCAAUGACAUAUUACAUCUUAGUAAAUGUUAGCGCACGUGUA